AUGGCGAACGUUGCGGAAUAUGUAUCAACAGAAGCUUUACCAACCAAAACCAUCACAACCAUAAGAAGAACAGUGGAUAGAGAUAUUCUACCAAGUACAGAUGGAUAUCUUAAAUCCCAAGAAAAUGAUAUUAACAGGAGAGUUUAUAGUGAUACGAUUACCACUACUACUACUACUACCACUACUACUACGACGACUACUACAUUUGAUACUAUACAAGCAGAGGAUACUGAGAUGCCGUAUAAUACAGUAGUGCGGAUAGUAGAAGAGGAACAACGAUGGUCAGAGACAGUACUGCGGACAUUAGAAGAUGUCUCACCCGAACUCUCCGAAAUGAUUGCAGCUGCUGAGGGUGAGGAACUGUAUAAGGAGAACAGUGAUGUUAAUAACAACAGAUAUGAUGUUAAUAACAGCAACAGGUAUGAUGUUAAUAAUAACAACAGAUAUGAUGUUAAUAAUAACAACAGAUAUGAUGUUAAUAAUAACAACAGGUAUAAUAAUAAUGACUACAGGUAUGUUAAUAAUGCCAAAAGUGAAGAUAAGAAGAAGAGUGAAGAUAAUAACAAGAGUGAUGAUAAUGCCCCAUCUUCUGUAUACGCACAGCGCAGAUCUCUUUCAAAUGCCGUCAUUCAAUCUGCAUGGGGAAAUGCAAAAACCCCACAGGAGGCCGCACUGGAAUUUAAAAUACUCUCUCAACAACGAAAAGAACAACAACAACAACAACAACAACAACAACAACAACAACGACAAGAAGAGCAAAAAAGAAAACAGCAAGGAAUACAGAAAAAAGGAUUACAACAAACGCAUGUAAGUAAGCCAAAGACUGGAGUGACCUUCAUAAUUCCCACAAAUGGAUCGAAACACUAUGAUCCCAUCAAUGCAAAAGGAACAACAAGGAUGAUGACAACAACAACAGCAGCAAUGAAAGAGAAGGAAAGAGAAUUGGAAAGAGAAGAAGAAGUGGAAAGAGAAAAAGAAGAAAUAGAAGAAGAAGUGGAAAGAAAAAAAGAAGAAUGGGAAGAAGAGGUGGAAAGAGAAUGGGAAGAAAAAGUGGAAAAAGUGGAAAACGAAGCUAAAGAAUCGCUACUAGAAUGGAAAGAACGAGUGGAAAGAGAGGCAAGAGAAAUGAUAAGAGAAUGGGAAGAACGAAUGGAGAGAGAAGAAGAAAGAGAAUUGGCAAGAAAAUGGGAAAGAGAAGAACAAAUUGAGAGAGAAGCGAGAGAAUUGGUAAGAGAAUGGGAAGAACGAGUGAAAAGAGCAGAAAGAGAAUUGAUAAGAGAAAGAGAAAGAGAAGAAGAAGAAGAAUUGAUAAGAGAAAGAGAAGAAUGGGAAGAAGAAGAGGAAGAAUUGAUAAGAGAAAGAGAAGAAUGGGAAGAAGAAGUGAUAAGAAGAGGAGAGGCAUUACUAAGAGAAAGAGCAGAAGAAGUGAUACGAGAAAGAGAAUUGGAAAGGGAAGAAGAAGUGGAAAGAGAAAGAGAAGAAAGAAAAGAGGCGGAGGAAUGGGAAAAGGAAGAGAAAAGAGAAGAAGAAACUCUCAAAAAGUUUUCCUCUCUUCAUCCAAUAUCUCCAUUAACGAAUAUUAUUCGAAUAACUCCUAUUAAACCCAUUAUAAGAGUAAACCCCAUCACUCCAUUAACUACUACUAUUAAUAAUAAUAAUACUAAUAAUAAUACUAUUAUUAAUAAUAAUAAUAAUAUAAACAACAGAAAAGAAGCCCCAGCCGUUUCUUCAUCAUCAUCUUCUUCUUCUUCCUAUUUAAAUGAUAACAAUAAUAAUAAUAAUAAUAAUAAUAAUAAUAAUAAUAAUAAUAAUAAUAAUAAUAAUAAUAAUGAAAGUGAAAGACUUCGUCAACCUCCACUGCCUCCACCGCGUUCUUCACGUCCGCAAGAUAUUUCUACACACACUUCUUCCCCUCACCGGGUUUACGUGCCGGAUGUAAAUAACUCAAACGAGUCUGCCCGGCAGCGGGAGUGGGGUGUGUGGAGGGAACUGCAGGAGAUAAUGGACGGUCUCUACGAGGAGAUGGACCGCGUCUCGGCAGAGAUGUAUAAUGAGGAGGAUGAAGUUGAAGAGGAUGAAGUUAAUAAUAAUAAUGAAUAUAAUGGAUACAAUAAUGAUGAUUAUUAUAAUUAUUACAAUAAUAAUGGUUAUUAUAAUAAUGGUUAUAAUAAUAAUGAUAAUAAUAAUAAUGAUGAGGCCGCAGCAGCAGAAGCAGAAGUGGAGGAGGAAAAGAAGAGGUUGAUAAAAGAGAUGAGAGAUCGGGCAAUGACGGCGGCUGUGGCAGCAGCAGAGAAAUUCCGUAAUCUUCCAUAUUAA